UGAUCUAUAAAUUUCCCUGAAAAAUGAUUAAAUAAAUUUAUUUUUGAUGACGAGUUACAGCUCAGUCAGUUGGAAAAGUUUUAUCAACGUCUUUCAACUACGGUAGAAGAAGUAAAUAUUACUGUGGGAUUAUCAAUUCUGGUAUCAGUAACGUCUAGUUUAUACUCUACAAUGUAUUAUUUGUAUCGAUUUUCUACUGCAACUGAAAAUGGAAUUAAUGUCAACUCCAGCGAGAGGCUGCAUUAUGUUAUAGGACUACUUUGCAAAUCAGGAAAAAUGUUCGGCUAUAUGGUUCUGGGUAACUUGCUUUUGAAAGCGUCGCAAGAACCUAUGGAAGUCUUGAGAAACUCGUCUAUGAUGAAUCUUUCAACUGCAACUCAGCAGAAGGUACAAUCUUUGAUGCUUCAGUGGUUGAAACCUAAAGGUUACUUAUCAGCUGGAGGCAUUGUUAGAGUUGGCCCAUGGCUUCUGGCACCAAUACUGGGAAAUGUAAUUACCUAUUUGCUGGUGGCUCUACAAUUCAGUUGAUAUCCAUCCCGAAUUUUUGCUGAGAAAAAUGAUAGCAUGAUAGGAAUCCUGAAAUAACACUUUACUGAAUGAUUCAUUGGUAACAUGUUCAGAACUGAAGUUGAGUAAAAUGUUAUAUUUGAACUACAUUUUGUUGGUGCAAAAGGUAUACUUAUCUGAGGGAUGGAUGCAGUGUCAAAAAAAAAACAUGGAAUUGUCUUCAAUAACCUAUAUCCUGAAAACUAAUUUUAAGUUUUUCGUACCAUUUUUCGAAUUAAAAUAUAUCAUUAAAUUUGUUCAAUUUGUGGAUAUCUGUUCAUUGGUAUCGCUAGAUUCAAAUAUAUGGUGAGUUCAAAUAUGC